GAUUUAAUGCAGGAAAAAGUGGAUUUAAUAGAAAAAAAAAAGAACAGGAAAAAGUGGAUUUAAUGGAAAAAAAAGAACGUGAAAAAUUGGAUUUAAUGGAAAAAAAAGAACAGGAAAAAGUGGAUUUAAUGGAAAAUUUAAUGGAAAAAAAAGAACGUGAAAAAUUGGAUUUAAUGCAGGAACAAGUGGAACUAUCAAAACAUAUUACGAAUCUUGAGAAUGAUGUCAAACACCGCACUGAACUUCUUUUACGAUCAAGGGAUGUGUAA